AUGGCCGCGUCGUACAGCGCGAGCGCGCCACGCCCGACCUCGAGCCACGCCCAACCCCUGUUCAGGCUCGACCCGCCAACCGCCGAGGAGGAGGAGGCCGACUUCCGCGCCCAGGUCGACGCCGUCUCCGAGUGGUUCUCGUCGCCCCGGUUCGCGCGCACCAAGCGGCCCUACUCGGCAGAACUCGUCGCCACCAAGCGUGGCACCCAGCCCGUCUCGCCCCUGCACCCGUCCAACCUGUCGGCCAAGAAGCUGUGGGCCGCCCUCGAGCGCGCGAGCGACAAGGGCGUCCCGCUCCACACGAUGGGCGCCGUCGACCCGAUCCAGAUGACGCAGCAGGCGCCGCACCUCGACGUCCUGUACGUCUCGGGCUGGGCCGCGAGCAGCGUCCUCACGACGGGCUUCAACGAGGUCGGGCCCGACCUCGCCGACUACCCGUACACGACCGUCCCGAACCAAGUGCAGCGCAUGCGCAAGGCGCAGGAGCUCCACGACCGCAAGAUGUGGGACGAGCGUCGCGUCGGCAACAAGGACAAGCAGCCCUGGAUCGACUACCUGCGCCCCAUCAUCGCCGACGGCGACACUGGACACGGUGGCCUGUCGUCCGUCAUGAAGCUCGCCAAGGCGUUCGGCGAGGCGGGCGUGUCGGCCGUCCACUUCGAGGACCAGCUCCACGGCGGCAAGAAGUGCGGCCACCAGGCGGGCAAGGUCCUCGUGCCCAUCUCGGAGCACGUCAGUCGCCUCGUCGCCGCCCGCAUGCAGUGGGACAUCAUGGGCCUCGAGACGCUCCUCAUCGCGCGCACCGACGCCGAGAGCGGCAAGCUCCUGUCGAGCACGGCCGACGCGCGCGACCACGAGUUCGUCCUCGGUGUCGAGACGCACGACGGCCCGCAACGGGCGCUCGCCGACGAGAUCAUGCACGCGGCGCUCGACGGCAAGAGCGGCGCCGAGAUUGACCAGAUCGAGGCCUCGUGGAUGAAGAGCGUCAAGCUCGUCACGUUCGACGAGGCCGUCGAGCGGCACCUGCAGCGCACCCUGUCGGCCUCUGACGCGUCGGCCAAGUUCGAGCAGUACAAGGAGCGUGUCACGGGCGCGUCCCUGUCGAACCGCGAGGCGCGCGUCAUCGCCAAGGAGGUCGUCGGCGAGGAGGUCGCAUGGGACUGGGACUUGCCGAGGACGAAGGAGGGCUACUACCACUACCGCGGCGGCAUGGCGGCCGCACUCAAGCGCACGCUCGCCUUCGCCGACUUUGCCGACCUCCUGUGGCUCGAGACCAAGGCGCCCGACCUCGCGCAGGCGCAGACGUUCGCCGGCCAGAUCCGCACGGCGCACCCGGGCAAGUGGCUCGUCUACAACCUCUCGCCGUCGUUCAACUGGGGCUCGCACGGCUUCUCGAAGGACCAGCUCAAGUCGUUCGUGUGGGACCUCGGCAAGGCCGGGUUCGCGAUCCAGCUCAUCUCGCUCGCCGGCCUGCACUCGACGGCGGUCACGACGGCCGAGCUCGCCGCUCGCUUCAAGACCGAGGGCAUGCUCGCCUACGUCGAGCUCAUCCAGCAGAAGGAGAAGGACAUCGGCUGCGACGUCUUCACCCACCAGAAGUGGUCCGGCGCGUCGUACAGCGACCGCGUCCUCAACGCUGUGGCGGCGGGCUCAUCGGCGACGGCGGCGAGCGGUUCAGAGUCGACGGAGCACACGUUCUGAGAGCGGCGCUUGGUCCCUCUCUUCGCCUUGUCCCUCGCUCUCUUUGUGUAGAUGUCUCGAGCGAGCAACGAGCCUCGUCGUUGCUGGCGGUCCUU